CAAUAGAAAAAAAAUUGUAUUUGCUUUCAGAUUACAAAGAAUUACCACAUACAAUUAUUAACGCUAUGCUGCUAAUCUGCAACUAGUUUUUUUUUUGGGCUGCUAUCUGCUAUCAGGUUCCCCGUCAGAGAAAAGCCCUUUUCUACAAUUACUGCAACUGGCAACUAGCAAUCUUUGUAUUCUGACUUAAAGUAUGGAAGUACCUCCCCCCUUCUAAAGGAGGUUAGAAAAGAACCAGGAUUUAGUUGGACAGAAGUGAGCAACCAGAUACACAAAUUCUUUUUGCGCAAUAAUCAGCAAAAUGUACCAUAAGUUGAAGCAAGUAACGAUGCAAAUAAAAGGCCCUGCAUAUACUACUACUGGGGCUCCACUGCAGGUCAAGGAAGAUUCUUGUUUGUUUAUACCAUAGUGGAAAACUUGCAGCUUGCCAGCAGGAAAGCCUGUCAGAAUUUUCAAGAACCUCAGAGUUUGGCACUGAUUGUCAUAUGUUUAUGAAGUUGGAAUCAAUGAUUACAGGCAGAGUUAAUAGUCUUAAGUGAUAAUUAUAGGUUUCAUCACUUCAACAAAGGUUGUAUUUCAUAUGGAGAUUACUGGCAAUGGAAGCAUUGCUUCAUUGCCUGGAACUUAAGUUCAUCCAAGUCAGUGCCAUUAUGAAGGUCAAACGGCUCAUAUCAAUCAGAUUUUGCAUACCCCGUGAUGGGUCCUACUUAAUGUCAAAGUAAGCAAAAUCAACGUCUAGCAUUGUUCAUCAAUUUGUAGACAUUACUGUCCAAGUGGGGCCCCUAAUGAAACUAUAUAAGUUUUAUAGUAACGAGAACAGGUGACCUUCAUAGCCGCCGACUAAAUCGCAUCUCAAUUUUCCGGCCUUUUACAGGUUAUCAACGGCGGAGCAUUUUUGGGUACCCCAAGUGAACAAUUUUCCUGAUCAUGCACCGUUCGCAUCAAAUAUCAACUGAUGCUUACGCCGAUCUUAUAGAAAUAUACGCUCGUGAUCGAGCGCUGAAACCAGGAAAACUGCUCCACGCGCACUUAAUCAUCAAUGGGUUGGCUCAUUUGACUUAUUUGACAUCCAAGUUCAUAACUUUUUACACGGAGUGUGGGCAAAUAUCCGAAGCUCGUAAACUGUUCGAUAAAAUUCCCAAAACAAAUGUCCACCGUUGGAUUUCCAUCAUAGGGGCAUACUCUCGACGUGGGUAUUAUCAAGAGGCGAUUAAUAUUUUUUCUGAAAUGCAAGCUGAAGGUUUUGAAGUCAACAAAUAUGUUAUCCCCAGCAUCUUGAAAGCUUGUGCGCAUGUUUUGGAUGAAGAAACGGGAAAGAAAAUUCAUUGCUCGUGCCUCAAGAAAUCUUUUGAAAAUGAUGCUUUUGUUACCAGUUCUCUUAUUGAUAUGUACUCGAAAUGCGGGCAAGUUGAAAAGGCGAAAAAAGUGUUUGAUGCAAUGUUUGAGAAAGAUUUGGUAGCUUUGAAUGCUGUUAUUUCAGGAUAUGCUCGAAAGGGGCUUGUAGAAGAAGGGUUACGUUUGGUGGAGGAGAUGAAGUUGAUUGGAGUUAAGCCUGAUGUGGUUACUUGGAACACGUUGAUUGCUGGGUUUUCAAAGAAAGGUGAAUAUCUGUUGGUGUCUAAAGUUUUUGAAUUGAUGUUGGCUUCUGGGAUUGAGCCUGAUGUGGUAUCUUGGACAUCUGUCAUUUCAGGGCUUGUGCAGAAUUUUCGAUAUGGUGAAGCUUUUGAUACUUUUAAGAAGAUGAUGAAGCAGGGGUUGUAUCCAAGUUCAGCUACAAUUAGUAGUCUUUUGCCUGCUUGCAUGAGUGCAGUGAAGUUCAAGUGUGGGAAGGAGGUUCAGGGAUAUGCAGUGGUGAUUGGGGUUGUAGAUGAUAUUUAUGUGAAGAGUGCUCUUGUUGAUAUGUAUGCUAAGUGUGGCUUUAUAUCUGAAGCAAGAACUCUGUUUUAUAAAAUGUCUGAAAAGGGCACUGUUGCUUGGAAUUCAAUGAUUUUCGCUUAUGCAAAUCAUGGAUACUGUGAAGAAGCAAUUCAGCUUUACAAACAAAUGGUGGAGGAGGGAAGGAAGCUGGACCACUUGACUUUCACAGCGGUCCUCACUGCUUGUGCUCAUGCUGGAUUGGUUGAGCUUGGAAACAGUAUAUUCAACUCGAUGCAAGAGAAGUACAAGAUAACCCCAAGAUUAGAACAUUAUGCCUGUCUGGUAGAUCUUUUAGGUCGUGCAGGAAAACUUGAUGAGGCUUAUGAUGUUAUCAAGACAAUGCGUAUAGAACCAGAUUUAUUUGUGUGGGGAGCACUAUUAGGAGCAUGUAGGACCCACGGGAAUAUUAAUCUUGCUGAACUAGCAGUUAAGCAUUUGCGGGAGCUUGAGCCUGGUAGCAAGGGAAACAAUCUGCUGUUAGCAAAUUUAUAUGCUGAUGUGGGCAGUUGGGGAAAUGUUGCAAGGUUAAAGAAGAUGAUGAAGAAAAGGAAGCUAAGAAAAUUUCUAGGAUGCAGUUGGAUAGAAGGUUCCUGAUUUCUUAGAAAAGUAAUGUAU